UUUAAAUUGGUAGUAGAUAAACAGAGAUUUUUAUUUGUAAAAUGUAUUUCAUUUAAAGAAAUUGUUCAAGCAAGUGUGACAUUUAAUCUGGUCUAUGAUUGACUUCUAAUGCUACAGAUCUUGAUCAUAUUAACAGGGAACUAUAAUUUCUUCAACCUUUUGACCAUAGUGCUAUGUAUUCCUUUACUAGAUGACCAGGCAUUUGGAAAGAAAGGAAGGAAGAGAACAAGAUCUACUGGAAGUUUAUCUAACAUUUUUGAGAUAGUAACAGUAUGUUACAUAGGUUACCAGACUUGGAAGCUGUUUUCGUUACAAGUUGUAACCAGUCCAAGUUUUUCUAUAAAGUCAGAAAUAGCUUUUAGUUCUAAAGAAUUUGACCAUUGGUUAGAACAAAUAGUUCCAUGGACAAUAGUAAUAGGUUGUGUAUCUCUGGGAUAUGAAGUUCUUCUUUCUGUAUUAAGAUGUUUCAUAACUGAUUCUAGUAUUGUAUGGAAAGUAUGGUCAGCUGUUUUAUGUCUAGUGUUUGGUGUGCUUGCUGUGGCAAUGUUCUGUUUAAGUCUGGUACCGUUUACAACAGGUAUCCAUCGUCCGUCACAGAAACUACUCCCAACAGAUAUUACAAGAAUGCAUGAAAAAACUAAAGAAUUUCACUUAGCAAAUUCAUAUGGAUUAUUUAGAAGAAUGACUGGUGUCGGUGGUAGACCAGAAGUUAUUGUAGAAGGCAGUAACAGUAUGCAGACAGGUUGGAAGGAGUAUGAGUUCCUGUAUAAACCUGGAAACCUGUCUAAAAAAUUACCUAUAGUUGCACCUCAUCAACCAAGAUUGGAUUGGCAGAUGUGGUUUGCUGCCCUUGGUAACUAUCAACAUAAUCCAUGGUUUGUAACAAUGGUGUAUCGAUUGCUUACUGGGCAGGAGGAGGUUCUAGAGUUGAUCGCCAACAAUCCAUUCCCAGAUGCUCCACCAAAAUAUAUUAGAGCCAAAUUGUACCAUUACCAUUACACAAGUUCCAGCCAAACAAGAUCCCCUAAAAAUUGGUGGACACGGAAAGAAAAGUCUGAGUAUUUACCUACUCUUAGUAAAGAUACCUCUAGUUUAUUGGAUAUUAUAAAACAUUAUAAAGUGGAACCUGUAAAAAGGAAACCGAGCAGUUUGACAUUUGUUGGAAAUUCUGUAAAAUGGCUGAGAGAGAAGAUAGGACAACCAGAAGGAUUCAUAUUUACCAUGUCGACAUUCACAGCAGCCUUAGUUAUAAACUUUCUAAGCUGGAUACAGAUCUUUUAGUUUAUAAAUAAUGGCUGAAUAUGACUGAAAACAGAGUCAAUUAAGGGUUCGUGAUACAUGUCAACAAAUUCACCCAGAAAAUAUUAAUACAAAUUAAAAAAAAUAAUUUAACAAAAAUAAUUUUCAAUAUCAUCGCUUUAAAGAAAAAUUGUACUUGCUGAACAAUUCCAGUCCAGUGUCUGAA